AUGGCACCAAGAUCAAACACAUCACUCAAAAAAUUGUACUACUAUUUACUCUUCCUCUUAGCAAUUUUUGCACGCUCAUCAAAAGCCUAUGAUCGCCUUCAACUCAAAGAAACCAACUUGACAGUCUACUUUCACGAGCUCAACUCUGGCCCCAACGCCACGUCCGCCAUAGUCACCGGCAUCCCCAGCCGGGUGUGGUCCUCCUCCUCCUUCGGAACCAUUGUCGUCGCUGACGAUCUGAUUACUGCCAGCCCGGACAAGGACUCGCCGCAAAUCGCACAGGCCCAGGGCAUCUACACCACGGCCUCGCUCGAUGGUGGCACCGGCCACGUCGUGUUUUCCAUUGUGUUCACAAACCGGGAAUACAAUGGUAGCACAUUGGAAAUUAUGGGACGGGUCUUUAAUAGGGCCAGCGAUGAGACUGCCGUAGUUGGGGAAACUGGUAAAUUUAGGUUCGCUACGGGAUUCGCCAAGUUCGGGGAAACUGGUAAAUUUAGGUUCGCUACGGGAUUCACCAAGUUCGAGACCGUUUCCUUCGACGCAACGCUGUCGUCCGACGUGAAUCGGUGCAACAUUACCGUCGUGCACUAUGGAGGGUGA